AUGGUUGGAUAUCCACGGGCACAUCAGCUCCACGCUCGUUGUUGGGAGCUAAUUGAGAGAUUCUUUGGCUAUGAUGCUGAGAAUAACCUCGAAAUUCUGCUAAAUAUAUUUCAGGAAAGGUGGAUUGGUUUAGAUGGUAAGACUAAGGGGACCGCUUGCUAUGAUUUUCUGCGAGAAGAUCUUUUGUGGCACAAGAACCCUAUAGUCAAACAUGACCCGGUUAAAAUCCUUCCUCUCCACGCAUUAGUUGAGGAAAGUGUCCAGCGUCCAGGCAUAGAAAAGCUGGCUUCUGAGGCUCCCGAACUACGGCCGAUAUUCUUUGACAUAAAGCAUACAGCCGUCUCUUCUAUUUUUCCUUGUGAGAUUCAGUGGAUGAUUAUAGAUCUAUUGGAUUAUAAGGACAUUCCUAAAUUACUCCGAGCUUUUGGAUGGGUCCUUUCAAACACUUACUGGUCUAAACGAUUGCCAAAAGACCUGAUAUUUGAACUGGAUGACUUGAUGAAGGAUAAUGUUGAGAUUGAUUGGCAGUUCCUUACUCUUGGGGUGGAGAAACUCUUUCAACGCUCUUAUGGGCUUUUGAAUCGGCGUCGACUGAUUCCAGUUUUGAAAAAAGCGAGAGACUUAUUCUAUGAAGAGGUGGCCAAGCAGCAACAACAACAACAACAACAACAUGAAGAACAACAACAAGAAGAACAAUAUCAUUAG